AUGCGGCGCGGGCGCGGGCGCGGCGGUGGCGGCGGCGGCGGGCGGCACCCGAAGGCGCCCCCCUCCUCGGCGGCGGUCGACCGCACCCCGAUGUCGGACGCCUUCAGCAUCCAGAGGAACCUCGACCACGCCUUCUCCCGCCGCGACUCCGACGCCUACAGCAUCUGCAGCAGCCGCCCCUCCUCCAUCGGCACGGCUCAGGCGGCCUCCCACGCCGGGGGCCCCAUCACCAGCCUCUCCGACCGCGGCUCGCAGGUCGCCGCUCUCCGCGCCGUCAACACCUACCUCGCGCCCGCCGCCAUCCACCUCCGCCCGUCCCUCCCGCCCGCCAAGGACAUCGUCGCCGCCUUCCACCACCUCGCCGACCGCCUCCGCUACCCCCUCAAGCCCGCCGCCUGGGAGGACGACCUCCUCGCGCUCCUCCGCUCCCUCGGCUGCCCCUACAAGGUCACCAGAUCCGCCCUCAAGGCCCCCGGCACCCCGCACUCCUGGCCGCCGCUCCUCUCCGUCCUCUACUGGCUCACCCUUCUCUGCCGCUUCACCGACGGCCUCGACGCCUCCCCUCCCGCCGCCUCCAAUGACCUCAUGACCUACAUCACCGAGAGCUACCACCUGUUCCUCACCGGCGAGGAUGACGCCGUCGCCUCCCUCGACGACGAGUACCACACCAAGGCCCGCACCCAAAUCGGUGAGUGGGUAGCGGCCAUCCAGGAGCUGGAGAAGGAGCUUCAGGAUCUCGAGGCCAAGCGGAGCAAGCAAAUGUCGGCGCCCUCUCGCCUCAAGGCGCUGGAGGAUAAGAAGGAUGCAUUUACUGCAGACGUUCAGAAGUUCGAGGCCGUGGUGAAGAGCUGGUCCACCAAGAUCAAGGAGAAGGAAGAGGCAUUGGUGGAGGUGGAGAAGGAGCUGGAGGCCAAGGUGAUGAAUUGCCAGCAGACCAUGGCCGAGAAUGGGGAGCUGGUGAAACAGGUCGAGACGCAGGUGGUCAAUGUGAGGGAUGUCGAUAGGAUGGCUAGGGAGAUGCAAGCUGUGGAGAAUGAUAUUGCAAAGCUGGAGAAUGCGAAUGCCGUGCUGGAGGAGAAGGGGUGGGAACUCGAAGCUGCACUGGUCAGUAAACUCGAGGAGAUCGAGGGCCUUGCAGAGCUGUGCAACCAGUCCCUCAGGAAGUUGAAACCCAGUGUUGAUUUCCAGUACGAGGUAAAUGCAAAAGGAUCCUCCCCGGCUGAGAUCCUUGGUACCACCUACAAAACCACCCUGAAGCCCGCGCUCAAUGCUCUUGCCAAUGAAACUAAAAGGCUAAUUAUCUCAAAGCACGACGAGUCAAUUGAUCUACAAAAGCAGCUGCAAGGAAUUGUUAAAAUGCUGGAGGAGAAAAGGAGUCAUGUUUCUGUUCUACAGGCUAAAAAUAAUGAGGUCAGUCACCUUAUACGAUAUAUGGUAUAUCACAGCAUGACAAAAUAAAACAAAAGACCUCAAGUCCAUUUUAACCCAUAGUAUGUUCAUGAUUGACUUAUUAAAAACUCAUGCAUCAAAGUGGAAAUUCUGCCUGUAUAUCUUGUAGCAAAAGUUGUUCAUUAUCCUAGCAAAAUGAAGGUUCUGUACUAUGAGUUGAUCAACUUACUCGACUUGUCUAAAAUGUCAUUAAUUUAUUACUCCCUCUGUCCUG